CUGGGUUACGCGAAUUUCCAAUCCAACAGUAGAAAGAAUUGUGUGACAUUUAACUAACAAAAUCGAUGGCCACAGCCAACGUUCUCAGUAUGAAAUGGGUUCUUAUGUGUCUACUUGGAGUAACUCAAGCUCUACCUGAAAAAUGUUAUACGUCCCCAGCCCUUGGCAUGGAAAAUGAAAGAAUUAGAGUUUCUCAGAUUAUGUAUACUAGUGUAAAGAAAGGAACUACGGCGUUUGGUGAGCAAGCUCGUCUUCACCGAAAUAUUCCACAAUGGGGUGCGUGGUGUCCUGAUACAAACCUCUUUGGGUCCAGUGCAGAAAAUAUCAACUACGAUCAGUUUAUUCAUAUUGAUUUAUUGCAUUUGACCAACAUCAGUAAGAUAGCAAUUCAAGGACGAGAGUAUAACGGCGGAAGAGAAUUUGUUGGGAGUUAUAAAAUAUCAUACAGUAAGAAUGGAGACGAUUGGACCGAUUACGUGUAUCGAAUAAGGGGAAAUCUACUUGAUACGAUACUGACCGGGGCAAACAAUUCAAAAUUUGUUGCACGUAGAGUUCUAAACCCUACUGUAAAGACGAGGCAUAUUCGGAUUCAUCCGGGUUAUAAGAAGGGUGAGAAUGUGUGUAUGAGGUUGGAGCUAUAUGGCUGCGCAUUUAAAGAAGAUAUAAAAGGUCGACCAGUGAAGAAAGGGAAUUCCUCCACAAAUACGACGGUUUUUGCAGGCUGUGAAGGGCAAAUAAAAAAUUCGAUUGCGAUGUUUUUCGCGGGUGUUGCCAUGACCCUAGGCACCGUACUCCUUGCAGUAUUCGUAAUUCAGACAUUCAGAAGAAAUCGCCUUGUUGCAAAAUCGACCAGUGUAAAUGCGGUCCAUAUGCAAACAGCGGUCGAGUUCCAAACUGAACCAGCUACAGAACAACAACAAGAAAAUCGACAGGUCGCAGAUUAUGAUAUUCCAGGUAGCAGCAGAAUGUCCCCAAACGAGCAAGUUCAAGAUCCACGACUUGUACCCUUUCCGUACACUGAGCUUGAUAUACGCUAUGAGGACGGAAGAGAAACAGAUGAUCGAGCCUAUCAGGGACUCCUCAGAAGCGAAUCAGAUUAUGUCAUACCAGCUCAUACUGUGUCAGAACCUUCAAACGCAGAAGGCCGUGGUGAAGUCAAAACGCCUUUAGGCUACACAGAGCUAGAUUUGACGAAACUUGGCCAGGAAUGUGAUGCUUCUUACCAACAUCUGAUAAUUAGAAAGUAAUGUGAAGCAUUGCCGAAAUUUCUACGUUCUAUCCUUUUCAUGUAAAUAUUCUGGUAAAUCAGUUGAGCAAAUAAUUAGUUGAUCAGAUAAUUGACAGUUGAUCAGAAAAUAGUUUGAAAUAAUAUAAUAACACACAUUUCCAGACGGUUACACGUGACGUCACUGACGUGCAUUUCUAGUGUUCCGAAUGCUAGUGUUCUUGAAAUAAAUAGAUUCUAUGAUCGACUUGACUACAGGUGCUAGGUCUUGAAGAAUUUAAAAAGAGACUUCCAAGCAAAUUGAUUGAGAAAAAGGCGCGUAAUGAGAUUCAAUCUGAAGGAAAUCUAGCCGCGAGAUCUUAAUAAUUAUGUAUACAUGAGAAAAAGCGUAGGCGCCGUCCACACGACGCCGGAAUAUUCGCCGAUAACGCAAGAAUAAUCUUACGGUUCCGCGUACCGUCCACACGUAUCCGGCGUUUUCGCCCACUGAAAACGGAAGAAUCUGAAAACGCACUCCAGAGUGGAAGAAUUUGAAAACAACGGCUGAGCGGAUACGUGUGGACGGCUUCACCGGAUAAAUUUAAAAAUGAUGACGUCAAUUAUCAAGUCAUUUCCAUAAAUGAGGCUCAUGCUCAACUUUAUAUUGUUAUAUUAGCGUGAAAUGAGUCCUAUUUUGGUUAUUUCGAUGGUGGGGAAAUUUUCGCAAAUCCUCUAGAAUUUGCGGAAGUUUUACGCACAAAAUAAGAUUCAAAAUGUUGUAUUUAGUAUGGUUAUAGCUACAUAAUUUUUUGUACACGAUAAGUAUUUAAUAGAUUAUUAAUAUUUUACGUUCUGAUCAGGCAGGUGUAUGUAUGUUUUAUACCUGCCUGUUUACGGCAAUUCAAAAUUUGAUCCACAAUCCUACAUAUUAUGAUGACCGGUUGUAUGAAAGCCAGAGUACGUGGUUUAUUCAAUCGCUUAAAAAUCGGCCGUUGUUUGUUAUAGUUUUCAUUAAACUCAUUAUUAGCUAGAAAUUUUAUAGCUUUUCAAGUAUUUUUAGAACGGUUGAAAAAAUCAUUAUCCGGUGAAUAGCGUCAUC